AUGCUCAUAAGCCUGGCGCGGUCCUGGGCCACCACCCUCAGCCGUAAUCCGCGCCGCUUCAGCACAGCAGCCACAAUGGCACGCGACUACAAUGCCGCCGUCACGGCGCUCAACACGCUGCAGAGCAACUUCGCCAUCGUCGAUGCUAUCCGCAAGUCCGGACUAGGCAUGAACAAGAAUGCCAUCCCGGAGAUGCUCGAAUGGUUCCGCAAAGCCGGCUACGAGCCCUCCGACUUCGAUCGUUUGAAGCCCAUCCACAUCGCCGGCACGAAGGGCAAAGGCUCGACGAGCGCCUUCGUCUCCUCCAUCCUCGCACAGUACCACGCCGCGCCGGCGUCAGCCCCAGUCCCACGCAAGAUCGGCCUCUACACGUCGCCGCACCUGAAGUCGGUGCGGGAGCGCAUCCAGAUCAACAAUACGCCGCUGAGCGAGGAGGCCUUUGCCAAAUACUUCUUCGAGAUAUGGGACCGGCUGGAGGCGGCGGCGCGCGCCGAGGGCAAGGACCCAUCGGCGCCGGGCACGAAGCCCGUCUACUUCCGCUUCCUGACCAUCAUGGCGCUGCACGCCUACCUGCGCGAGGGCGUCGACGCGGCCGUCAUCGAGUGCGGCAUCGGCGGCGAGCACGACAGCACAAACGUCAUCGUGAAACCCACCGUCACCGCCGUCACCAGCCUGGGCAUCGACCACGUCGCUAUGCUGGGCGGCACGCUCCCCGAGAUCGCCUGGCACAAGGCCGGCAUCUUCAAGCCCGGCGCCGCCGCCCUCUCGGUGCCGCAGAGCAGCCCGGAGGCCAUGCAGGUCCUGCGCGACCGCGCCGCCGAGAAGGGUGUGGAACUCGUCGAGGUCCCGCGCCACCCGGACGUCGACGCCAUCCGCCUCGGCCUCGCCGCCGACUUCCAGAAGACCAACGCCAGCCUCGCCGUCGCCAUCGCCGCGAGCCAUCUGCGCGCGCUCGGUGACACCAGCAUGCCCGCUUCCGCCAAGGACAUCAGCAGCUGGGCCCUCCCGGCCGAGUUCCGCCGCGGCCUCGAGCAGGUACGCUGGCCCGGCCGCUGCGAGAUCCGCCGCGAGCCCGGCGUCGCCUGGCACAUUGACGGCGCGCACACGCUCGACAGCAUCGAGGUCGCCGGCCGCUGGUUCGCCGAGGAGAUUGCUGCGUCGUCGUCGUCUGCAUCCUCCACCACUACAUCAGCUUCCUCGAAGCCUCGCAUCCUCAUCUUCAACCAGCAGACGCGCGACGCGGCGUCGCUGGCCCGCGCUCUAUACGCAGCGCUGGCCGCCGGCGCCGGCGCCGAGCGCCACCCUUUCACCCACGCCGUCUUCACCACCAACCUCACCUUCCAGGACACGGGUUACAAGCCCGAUUUGGUCAGCGUCAAUACGAAUGCUGACGACGUCGAGAAGCUGGCCGUGCAGGAGGCCCUGGCGCGCACGUGGUCCGAGAUUGAUCCGCAGACGGAGGUUAAGGUUGUGCGGACUAUUGAGGAGGCGGUGAGGUAUGCGCGGGGGGUUGCGGCGGAGGCGAAGGGGGUGGAGGAAGGGGAGGAGGUUAAGGUGUUGAUUACGGGGAGCUUGCAUUUGGUUGGUGGGGCGUUGGAGGUGUUGGAUAGUAAGUAG